AUGUGUAGGGGUUGUCCCCCUAUCAUUCUUGGCGGUCUUACCUUAUCCUAUCCUCGCAGCGUCAGGGGAUUGCCUCCUCGGUUGCAGAGCCCUGGAUGUGUAGGGGUUGUCCCCCUAUCAUUCUUGGCGGUCUUAUCCUAUCCUCGCAACGUCAGGGGAUUGCCUCCUCGGUUGCAGAGCCCUGGAUGUGUAGGGGUUGUCCCCCUAUCAUUCUUGGCGGUCUUACCUUAUCCUAUCCUCGCAGCGUCAGGGGAUUGCCUCCUCGGUUGCAGAGCCCUGGAUGUGUAG